AUGUCUAGUCUAAUUUUGCCUCAAUUGUUCGUUUAUCCUCUCGCCACUUCACAAGUUGUCUCGAUGAAAAAAAAUAUAUCAGUACCUUAUAUUCCUCCAGAAAUUAUUCGCAUUAUUUUGGAUUUAUUGAGGGACGAUAAAAAAACUCUCGCUGCUUGUGCUUUGGUUAAUAAUACUUUUAACCUUUAUGCUACUCCGAUCUUAUAUCAUACUGUUGCAUUUACUUUUCCUCAUACGUUUACACUUUUCGUUAAUGCCACGAAUGACAUUAAAAAGCGUUGUUCUCAAAUGGUUCGACACUUAGAUCUCUCUAGUUUCUCUACCUGUGGUUUACAAAAAAGUUCUUUCGAAACCCAAAAUAUCGUCACUCCGGAACUUUUAAUUCAUAUUCUGAGAUCUUUUCCUGAAUUGAAAGCUUUUUCUGUAUCAGAAUCUUUGGAAUCUGUAAUUACCCUUGAUGUUUUAAAGGUUCUAUUUUUAGAGUGUAAAAGCAUAAAAACUAUUGAUUUCUGUGGAUGCGCUAGCAAACAAUUUAGUAAUGCUUUAGGUGAAUUCUCUAACCUAAUUGGUCGCGUUAAAAUCGAAUCAAAUUGCAAUGAUAAUGAAGAAGCAAUAAUUUCUUUUCGCAUGACAUCAAAACCUUUAUUAUCUCAUUUACAAAGACUUUCAUUUCAUGAAUGUCCAGUAAUUUCUGAAUUUUCAACUAUCAUACCUCUUCUUGCUCAUGCUCCAAAUCUUACUCAUCUUGAUUUGGGUGGUUGUUCUAUCAGCGAUUUAACAUUAAACUUCCUAACUGGAUCAAAUAUUCCAACAAAAUUAUCACAUUUAUCAUUAGCUAAAUGCAAAAAUAUUUCUUCUGAAGCUAUUUCAUCUUUAGUUUCAAAUUGUUCUCAAUUAGAAACUCUCAAUUUCUACGGUGACAGAGAUAUCACUACAGCUAUUAAAGAAUAUGAGUUAAUUACCAUACUUC